AUGCUUGCUUAAAAAUAAAUUACAAACAAAUUUUUAUUGGCUAAGCUCAAAGAAGCUGAAGAAAGAAACGAUUCAUAAUCAGUUCCUUCAUUUAUGAAUUAAACUGUUACUCUUAAUAAUUAGCAUAUAAAUGAUUAAAUUAGAAAGGCAAAAAAAGAGGCAGUAAGUUAACACACUAGUUGUAAAUCAACUUAACAUUCACCUAAAACAUCAUUAGAUCUUUCAGAAUUUAUUAAGUAAACUAAAAUGUAAUAAAUGGCAUAAUAAAAACUUUUAAUGGAAAAAAAGUUCUCAAAAAUUGCAAUUUCUAAAGUAAGAGAUGAUGUAAGUCAUUUUUAUGAUUAAAUAAAAUCACCUAAAACAACAAGUAAGUCAAUUUACAUAAAUAGGGGAGUAACGCAGUUUUUAGCCCAGACGUUAAGGAACUACUUUCCAUAAAAAAUCAAGAAGUGGUUAAUAAAUUCAUUUGAUAGAUAUGAAAGAAUAUUAAAAAUUAGAAGGUAGUUUGAAUAAAGAAAUAUCAUCUUUACAUACAGAAGACCCAGGAGGUAGAGUUUAGAGUAUAUAAUUAAGAGAUUGGUUUUAAAAAUAAUAAUGUGAAGAUUUAAUACCAUUAUUAACUGUAACUAUGAAUGAAUUAAUUAAAUCAUUAAAAAAAGAAUGUUUAGAAAGAGGAGAAUUAGUUCAAUAAAUAUGGGACAAAGUUAUUCAAAUGGUUAAUAAAAUUAAAUUUGAUUCUGAAAUUUUAGUUAAAAAAAACGAUGUUUUAGUAAUGGAUGAAUAGGCCAAAGUGUUUUUUAUUUAUUAAGAAAAAAUGUCAGAUUUACAAACAUAAAUUUAGGAUGUAUCAUACAAAUAUUCUUAAGAGGUUACUCAACAUAAUAUUUGUAAAUAAGAAUAUAAAGAAUUAGAGUCCAAUUUUAAAAAAAAUAGAGCAUAAUUAAAUGAUAUAAGAAAAAUUGCAUCUUAUUUAUCAAAGAAAUUAAAAUAAUCUCAUUAAGAAAUAGAAAUACUUAAUAGAAAGUUAUAAACAAUUACUUAAAAACAAUUAGAAUCAUAAUAAUAAUUAUAAAGAGAUAUUAAUUGUAGUCUAUAACAAGCAAAUAGCUAAAGAAUAUUAAUACAAUAAGAGAGUAUGUUUUCAUUAAGAUAAUCAUAAUAAUUAUAACAUACUGUUUUAAAUUAGAUAUAACAAUCUUAAUAACAAAAGGUUUUGUAACAUAUUAUUAAUUCUAAUUAAAUUUAAACUGGAAAAGGAAUGUCAUAUUUGGGCAAUUCUUAAAUACAAUAAACUUAACAAGAGAAAUCAAGUUCAUCUGAUGAAGAUGAUUUAAUGGAUGGAUUAUUGGAUGAUAAAAAUAUUAUAGAAAUGGAUAAUAUGGUUAUGAAUAUGGAUAAGAUUAUUAAAGUAGCUUGUGUAGAGACAUAAGUUGAACCAGACAUUCUUAAUUUAUAUUAAAAGACAUAAGAGAUACAAACAAAUAUUACAAUGAUGGUUAAAGAUUUUAAUUUGAUAACAGAUUCUUAAGCAAAAAUUUAAAAUGUGUUAGAGUAAUUUAAAUAAAGAAGUCAAGUUGAAGAGACACUGAAAUUAUGUGAAGAUAAAACAAAUAAAGUAUUUUCAGGAAGAUAAUUGUAUUAAAUAAUUGAAUAAAAAUUUCUUAAUAAAGAAUUGCCAUCUCCAGGAAUUAAUAAAUUAAAUUAAAUAAGAUAAGAUUCAUUUAGAUCUAAAAAAGCUGUAAAUUAAUCAAUAGAAUAAGUAACAAGUAAUGAUUAAAGUAUGGAUAUCAAUUCUGAUCGAUAAAUAGAUCUUGAAAAAGUAAAGACUCUUGUUUUAAUGAUGCAAAUUUUAGAAAAUAAAAACAAGGAAUUAUAAUAUAUAAUAGAUUAAAUGAAUGAAAGAUGUAAUUAACACAUAUAAGAAUUAGAAGAUACAAGAAGUAGAGCAGUAUCAAUUGGAACAUUUAAAAUUUUAAAAGAACAAUAAUUAUAAUAAUAAUAAAUGACAUAAUAGUAUUUGGAAGGAGAAUCAUCUCCUGAAUAAUAUGCUAAAUUUAAUUCAUCUUAAAAAAUGAUCAGACGUUAGAGAGAUAAUAAGAAGAUGAAUUAAGCAAAAUUAAUUUUUAAAGGUCCUUAAUUAGGUCAGAAAGUUAAUAUAGUUUAUGAAUUUUAAAAAGUUAAUGCUGGUCCAUAAUUAGUUGAAAAAAUUAAAUUAAAGUAAUUACCUAAAAUAAAACAUUUUAUGCCUUUAAAGUUACUUUUAAAAUAAAUUACUGUUAUAUAUUAGGAUAGAAUAUAACAAUAAAAAGAUAAUCAAGCUUUUAAAGAUUAAGAUAUGGCAUCAUUUGUUUAUAGUUAUUUUUUAUAAUAAUUUGGUAUAAAAAAGAUUGCAGAGUAAAAGUUCUUAAUUCUAAUUGUUUCAGUUAAACAUUAUAAAUAAAUAGUGAGAAUAAAUAAUUUUGCAAAGUUCUUAGGAUUAUUUGAUGAUUGUGUUAAUUAUACAAUAGAUGAGAUGAAGAAAUAUUUGGAGUCUUUUGAUUAUGUAACUAAUAUUUCAACUCUUGGUGUAUCAAUAGCUGACUAAGAAUCUGAGGUUAGAUAUUUUGUUCCAUAUGUCAGAGCAUAAUAAUAUAUAGGGAUGUUUGCUGAUUCAAGAAUGACAAUUGAAGAAAAAGAGGAAUUGAAAAAGGAAUUAGAUUUAUUAAAAGAAUUAGAUACAAAAACAUAAAAUAGAUAGCCAGUAAUAGAUUUUGAUUAAUUUAUGAUUCAAAUGUUUGUCAAAUAUAAAAUAUUAGUAAGUAGAGCCAAAGAGUAUGUUAUAAAUGCAUUUGCUGCAUGUGAUUUAGGUAAUUAAAAUAACAUAUAUUAACUUAGAUGGUAAUGGAAUGUGUAAUUUUGAAGAAUGGUAUUUAUUACUUAGACAUAUAGAACCUGAUAGAUUUACAAAUGAUGAAAUUUCUGAAAUAUUUUUUACCAAUGCUGAUUUAUUAAUUAAAGCAGAAUAGAAUUUUUCAUUUGAAAAGUUUGCUGUUGUAUGUGUAGAGUAUGGUCUAUUCUCAGAGGAAGCAUAAAAUUAAUUUUUAUAAAUAAAGGGAACAAAAACAGAGAUUAUGAUAUAAGUACAAAUUGAUAAAAAUAUGAAUAGUUUUAAAAAUUAAUUGAUGGAUGGGUAGGAUAAAGAAAGACAAUAGAAUAAAGAUUUGAAUAGUUGACAUUACUGGAAACAGAGAAAAUAGAUUCUUGGAGAGCAAUAAUAGAAACUUUAGAACGAAAAAUACUAGAUCUGAAGGAACAUUUGACUUAGGCUGGAGUUGAGAAAAAAGUUAAGCCUCUUUUGAUUGCUAAUUUAUUGUUGAAUAAAGAAUCUGAAAUGUUGUUAGAAUUACAAGAAGAUAUGGAUGAUGAUGGAUCACCUAAGUCAAAGGCAUUUCAAUAAAAUUUUGGUUCAAAUGGAUCGAUUUGUAUACAAAUGGAUAUUAUAAAAGAAUGA